GGGGCGCGCCUCAAGGAGGGGAGGCGUGGCUUAGGCUGCGGGGCUAGGUGGCUGGGGGCCUCGGUGCUGGGACCCGUGACACUUCUCACGCUUUCCAGGGGCGGGAGGGACAGCCAUGCUCUUGUCGGGGGGUAAACCCCCAGCGCAGGAAUGGUUCAUGGUGCAGACAAAAUCGAAGCCCCGGGUACACCGGCAGCGGCUGCAAGUCCAGCGCAUCUUCAGGGUCAAGGUGACCGCUUUCCAGAGCCGUCCCGACACCCCUUACUUCUGGCUGCAGCUGGAGGGGCCCCGGGAAAAUACGGGCAAAGCCAAGGAAUAUCUGAAAGGUCUGUGCAACCCAGAGCUGUGGAAGGAGGUUCGCUACCCACCAGUCCUGCACUGUGCCUUCCUUGGGGCACAAGGCUUGUUCCUGGACUGCCUCUGUUGGAGUACCCUGGCCUACCUGGUGCCUGGUCCCCCUGGCUCCUUAAUGGUGGGUGGGCUGACGGAGUCUUUUACCAUGACACAGAACUGGCUGGAGGAGCUGGUAGCACGGCUGCGCUGGGGCCCUGCCCCAAUGAUCACCCCCAGAGGGGUUUGGGAGACAGAGGUGACCCGGGCUUUUGGGGCUCUGGUGUGGAUCCGUUGUGACCAGUAUGCAAGAGACCUGCUGCAGCUUCCUCCAGCAGUCCAGGAGCUGCUUCUCAGCCUGGUCCGAGAUGCUGCUGGCAAGGAAGACAUCAUUGAGUGGCUCGGCCAUUUCGGCAUCUCUGGCAUUUACCCUAAACCACCAGACUUCCUGAUCUGCCCUGCCCUGCAGAAGAAGGAAGGCUCAUCCCUGGUAACCAUAGGAGAGAGCCCUGUACCCCUCCAAGAGAUAGGAACCUUGAAUCGGGCUUCAGAAAAUUCGAAGAAAUUAACAGGUUUGGGAGCAGCUGGGUCCGUGGUCCCAGCUCAGAGCACUCCGCAGGACACGGCACAGCAGCUAGUACGGGACGGGUCCAACAAGCAAGGUGAUGAUAGGAACAGUGCGGGAGAGGAAGGGGCCACUGCACAAGACAGUGCCGGGGAGGAAGGGGCCACUGCACAAGACCCCAGCAGCCAGGAUUCUGCGAACCAUACACAAGCCCUCUUGCAGCAAAAGCAGGGACAGAAGACGGAAAACAGAAUCUCAUUGCAGUCGCCAGCUCUGAGCGUGUGCCCAUCUUGGAAGGCCUGGGCCCCAGGGCCAGCCUUUGGGCCCUCGUGGCCGGGGACCAUUGCUGCCACCUUCUGGAAGAUCAAUGAACUGCAGUCUCUUCACCUGGUCUGGCUCCUGUCCCAGGCUUGCUUCAAUUUCCCCUUCUGGCAGAGGCCCGUGGGCCCCAUCCAGCUGAGGCUGCCAGGACAGAAUCCUUUGCCCUUAAAACUGGAAUGGAAGCAGAAAGAGCUGGUUCCUCUGCCCACUGCAGAAAGUCCAGCUUGUCGACCAGAUGGGGACCUAGGAAGGGAGGCAGCCCUAAAGCAUAGCCUGAGGCCAGAGACCCCCACCAAAAUCAUCAGUUUAUCAGUGGUGCCAGGAGAUUGUGGCAUCAAAGAGAAGGUUAGCCCAGGACUUUCGCAAGUAGGGCCAUCUUCCACAUCUAUACCCCAGGCUGGAGUUGAGCUGGGAGAUGAAGGAAGGGCAUUGUCAGAUUGUAAGGGCCCGGAAAAGCUGUCCUCUUCGGCACUGUCCACAGAGCAAGGGGGACCCAGGAUUCAAGAGAGGCCAAUGGCUCAAGCUGGGAUGACAGGUCAGUCAGUACCUGACACUCCAACAAUGUCUGAAACUCUUGAAGUGACCACAGCUGCCGCAGUGUCCAAAGUUGAAUGCACACCCACUGAGGGGCUGCCUGCAACUCCCAAAGUGCCUACAACCCUGAAGAAGCCUGCAGUGUACACAGAGCCUACAGCUCCCCAAGUGCCUUCGGCUCCAACAGAGCCAGCAGCUCCUGUGGUGUCCACAAUCCCAAAAGCAGCUGUGGAUCAACCAGCAGCUCCUGCCACCCCCACCACCCCCCAAACUCCCACAGCUCAGAAAACACCUUCAGUGAAAACUCCUGCAGGCCCCCAGACCCCCAAAGUUCAAACUGGGAUCAUUGCUAAAGCAGAGUCUACAGCCCCCAAAGCGCCUGCGGCCACCCAAGCACCUGCAGCUUCUAAUGCCUCCAGUGUUUCUAAAACACCAGAGGCUCAGGCGUCUGCCAUUGCAGGGCCAACCAUGGAUGUAACCAAACUCCUGAGUGAGGAGGUUCAGGCCUCAAAGUGUAGAGCCACCGUGCUGAAGGGCCAGGGAAAGCCUGGGAGGCAGGGUCUCCAGUCCAGUAGCACCAUGGCCUCCAGAAGUAAGCAUCAGUUCCUGAAGGAAGGACUUCUUGGGGCUUGGGAUGGGACCCAGAGGCUGUCACCUCACUCCCAGGGCACCAACAUAGUGACCAGCUUCCAGAGGUUCAACGAGGCCUUGAACACACCCUUCGAGAUGAACUUGUCUGAGGAGCCUGGGAACCCAGGGCUGAGGAGAGUGGUCAUCGACGGCAGCAGUGUGGCCAUGGUACACGGCCUACAGCACUUCUUCUCAUGCCGAGGCAUCGCCAUGGCAGUACAGUACUUCUGGAACCGUGGGCACCGAGAGAUCACCGUGUUCGUGCCCACCUGGCAGCUGAAGAAGAACCGGAGGGUGAGAGAGAGCCACUUUCUGACGAAGCUGCACAGACUCAAGAUGCUGUCUAUCACUCCAUCCCAGCUGGAGAACGGCAAGAAGAUCACCACUUACGAUUACAGGUUCAUGGUAAAGCUGGCAGAGGAGACCGAUGGGGUCAUUGUCACUAAUGAGCAGAUUCACAUCCUAAUGAAUAAUUCCAAGAAACUUAUGGUCAAAGAUCGCCUGCUACCCUUCACCUUUGCUGGGAGUCUCUUCAUGGUACCAGAUGACCCCCUGGGCCGUGACGGCCCCACCUUGGAGGAAUUUCUGAAGAAGCCAAACAGGUUGGACAUGGACAUUGGCAAUUUCUUGAAGGUGUGGAAGACCCUUCCUCCCAGCUCAGCCAGCAUCUCUGAGCUGGGUGACGCUGCUGAUGCUGAACCUUUGGAGGGUCCCCAGAACAUAGAAGAAGGGGAGAAGGGGGAGGAAAGCCUGGAAGAGGAGCUGGUGGAGGAGCCAGGAAUUCCGAAGCCUGAUGAACAAGAGGAGCAGGACUCUGACCCCGUGUCAGUGUUUGGGGUCGAGUGCCCUUCCUUUUCCGAGGAAAUCCUCCAGUGCCUCAGCCUGCACGACCCCUCCGAGGGGGCUUUAGACAUCGACCUUCUGCCUGUGGUGUCUUCGCCAUACCUGGAUGUCCCCUGGGAUGGGAAGGCUCCGAGUCAGCAGGUUCUUACCCAGCUCGCACAGCUCACCAUCCCUAGCAACUUCACCGCGCUGUCCUUCUUCAUGGGCUUUAUGGAUUCCCACCGGGAUGUUAUUCCUGACUACGAAGUCCUCGUGGGACCCCUGCACAGCCUCCUCAAGCAGAAGCCAGACUGGCAGUGGAACCAGGAGCAUGAGAAAUCCUUCCUGGCCCUGAAACGAGCCCUAGUGUGUGCCCUCUGCCUGUCAACCCCCAACCCCGACCUGCCCUUCUACCUGGAAGUGACCGUCAGCCAAGUGUCACUGACGGCCAGCCUGCAUCAGGAGCACUCAGGAAGGAAGCACCCCAUCGCCUAUACCUCGAAACCUCUCCUCCCCGAUGAGGACAGUGAGGGUCCUCAGUCAGGCGGGGACAGCCCCUAUGCCGUGGCUUGGGCCCUGAAGCACUUUUCCCGAUGCGUCGGAGACAAUCCAGUGGUCCUCCGUCUUUCUUAUGCCUCCCGGACCACGGUGGAUAACGAGGCCUGGGAUAGCCGUAGGGCUUCCAACGCAUGGUUGAUUCGAUGGUCUCUCUUGCUGCAGGACAAAGGCAAGAGGGAAUUGGAAUUGUCCCUUCUCCAGGGCCUGCUGGGGGAAAACCAGCUGCUGACGCCCGCUUCCUCGAUGCCCCGAGUUUUCCAGCUUCUGCCUCCUUCUUCUGACCUGUCUACUUUUAUCUGUGUCCAUGUGUCUGGCUAUUGCUUCUACCAUGACGAUGAGUUGUGUGCUGGUUUUGGUCUCUACAUCUUGUCCCCGACCAGUCCUCCGGUCUCCCUGGCCUUUUCCUGUUCCCCUUAUACAUCCACAUACGCCCACCUGGCAGGCGUGGCCUGUGGCCUAGAGCGCUUCGGCCAGUCCCAGCUCCCAGUGGUGUUUGUUACCCACUGCAACUGGAUCUUCAGCGUCCUGUGGGAGUUCCUACCACUCUGGAAAGUCCGCGGCUUCCUGUCGUCGGACGGGGCCUCGCUACCUCAUCCAAGCCUGCUCUCCUACAUCAUAUCUCUCACGUCUUGCUUCUCAUCCCUUCCCUUCAUCUACCGAACCUCUUAUCGGGGCUCUCUGUUUGCCGUGACGGUGGACACUCUGGCCAAGCAGGGUGCUCAAGGGGGCGGGCAGUGGUGGGAUUUGCCAAAGGAUGUGCCAGUGCCCAUAGUGACUCCCCAUACUAAAGGCAGGAAGCCCAACCUGCUGGCCUUACAGAUGAGUGACAGCACCCUGGCCAAUAUCAUUGCCAAGCUGCAGGCAGGGCAGAAGUUGUCUGGGCCCUCCCCUUUCAGUUCUGCCUUUAACUCGCUCAGCCUGGACCAAGACAGCGGCCUGCUCAUGUUCAAGGCGGAAAAGCAUCCCAGGGUCUGGGUAGUCCCAAGGCAACUUCGGAGGGAUCUGAUCUUCUCUGUGCAUGACAGCCCCAUGGGGGAUCACCAGGGGCCAGAGGACACCUAUAAGACGUUGAGGCUGUUGGGUUGGUGGCCUGGGAUGCAGGAUCAUGUGAAGGAUUACUGCAGGAGCUGUUUGUUCUGCAUUCCCCGAAAUCUCAUAGGUGGGGAGUUGAAAGUUAUCGAGUCCCCAUGGCCUCUCAGGUCGACCGCUCCCUGGUCCAGCCUGCAGAUUGAGGUAGUAGGGCCAGUCACUGUAAGUGAGGAGGGUCACAAGCACGUGCUCAUCGUGGCCGACGCCAACACCCGAUGGGUGGAGGCAUUCCCUCUGAAGCCCUACACGCACGUGGCUGUGGCCCAGGUGUUGUUGCAGCAUGUGUUUGCAAGAUGGGGUGUCCCCAUAAGGCUGGAGGCAGCCCAAGGCCCCCAGUUUGCCCGUCAUGUUCUGGUGAGCUGUGGGCUGGCCCUAGGAGCCCAGGUGACUACACUGAGUAGGUCCCUUCAGUUCCCCUGUCUGAUGAGUUCAGAGGCCUACUGGGAAUUCAAGAGGGCCCUGAAGGAGUUCAUCUUUCUGUAUGGCAAGAAGUGGGCAGCCUCUCUGCCUUUGCUGCACCUGGCUUUUAGGGCCUCCACCACGGAGGCCACACCAUUCCAGGUGCUGACUGGGGGUGAGAUGAGGCUGAUGGAGCCCUCCUGGUGGGAGAUGAGCCGGGCGAACAUCGAAGGGCUCAAGAUGGAUGCUUUCUUGCUUCAGCUGAUUCGGGAGCUGUUGGACCUCCACUGGAGAGUGGCAGAAAAGGCCAGCGAGAAGGCUGAGAAUAGGCGUUUCAAGAGGGAGAGCCGGGAGAGCGAGUGGAGUGUGGGUGACCAAGUCCUCUUGCUGUCUCUCCCCAGGAAUGGCAGCAGUGCCAAAUGGAUGGGUCCUUUCUAUAUUGGGGACCGCUUGAGCCUAUCGCUCUAUAGGGUGUGGGGCUUCCCAGUCCCAGACAAGCUGGGCUGUGUCUAUCCUAGCAGUCUAAUGAAGGCCUUUCCCAAGAAUGACACACCCCUGCCCCUUGACUUGGAGCAGUGAGUUAGAAUGGUCGGGGAGCUGCCUGUUCUAGGGGGUCCCGCAUUUCUGCUGCUAGUCCUCCCUUCUGAUCUGAGCAGUGCUCUCAGCUCUGUGGGGCCCCUUAGUUGUGCCUUUUGUGGAGAAGGUCCUUAGUAAAGCUUUGCUGAAUUGCCUUGACCUAGGGAAGAAUGUCCCUAGAAGACAUCCCCCGGUAGGGGUGUUUGGAGAAUGUGCCAAAGGUUGUCCUAUGUGGGCUCUGGAAGUUUUACACUUGGGAGCAAACGAGUUUCCUCAACAAGGUAGGCCAGGCUCACAGUCCUCCCCAAGUGCCGCCUUUUCCCUUUUUACACACUCAGGUGUGUAUUGGUGUGCACACCCCUCCCCAGUGUCUUAUACCCAACAUACACUUAACAGUGUGGAUUUGGACCUGCCAGUGGGUAGGUAUCACGGCUUUCUCUCGUGGGAGUGCCUCCCCUUACACCGUGCAUUUGUUUGCCCUUGGAGUUCUCGGUGGCACAGGCACACCGGCAGCAAGAAGGUAGCUGUUCUCCAGUCAGCCUCCCUUGCCAGCACCGGGACAGCUGUUAAGGAAGGGUUGGAGCCUUUCUGUGCCUCCAGGAUGGUGGCUCUGGGUGGGGGUUGAUCAGCCAUAAGUCACCUACCUGUUCCUAAGGGGAGGUGGAAGGGGAUGAAUUGGCCUACCUCAUUUGAUUCCAGUCAGCAGAUGAUUCCCGACCCCUGCUGUGAUGGCAGUCACUUCACAGGAAUCAAGGGCCUUGAUACCAAACCUGGCAUCUGUGCUGGAAGAGCUGCUUCUGUUAGGUUCGGUGGUGCUCACAACUCUGGCUCAAGGGGAGGGCAUCUGACGUGGGUAGUUUGACACAUGGCUGGGCGCCGGGUGGCUUUUUCCUCUUGCACCUAUGACUCCUCUCACCCCCUGCCAAAGCUCACAACCCUCUCCUGCCUGCAGUGUACCCAUCUCCUUAGAUGGGACUGCUUUGUCCUGAUCAGCUGCAGUGCCCAGAAUCUGCCUCUGUGUAGAGCUCGCUUACAGCCAGUGUGUAGAGCGAGCUCUCUCAGCAGGAGUGAGGGCUGAGAUUCUCACUACCCUGCAUUCCUACACAGCCAAGCUGACAGGCUGGAGAGAAAGGCCAGCACCAGGCCACUCUGGCUUGGAGUCCUAGUAGCUCAUUUCUUGAGGAGCCAAUCUGGUUUUCCAGCUGAGCUCAGGUUGCCAGAAUGCUGGGCCCUGAGGAGAAGUCACAUUGAGCCCGGCUUUCACAGCAGAGAAAAGAGGGAAAUGACUUGCCCACAGUCAUACAGCUGAGUUGUGGCUGAGCUGGGACCCGGAUAAACCGUCCUGACUUCAAGUUCAGCACGAUGGGUUCUAGCGACAUGUUUAAGCAUAGGAAUCCUUUUGGAUUUUGUACCUCUGUUUCCUUUGAUGCCAUUCCCUAACCCUUCUAGAUAACUACCUGGAUGCUGCUCUUCAGCCAAUCCAGCUGUCAGCCCUGCCCAGGAACGAGUGCUGGGUGCUCCCGGGAUGCUGAAAGGUUAGCUGUAGAAUUUUUACCAGGUACCGUUAUUUCUUCACACUGCCUCACCUUUGUCUCUCCCCCACCCCUUCGUAUUGUAGUCAGCCUCACCCUCCCACCCCAGGGCUGUAUUCCAACCCCUCUUCCUGUUAAGUACAAUUUCCAUCAUACGCUCUUUCAAGUGAUUUUUAUUUUAUUUUUCAAUAAAUCAAUUUAAAAAUGGA